AUGCCCCCUCUUUUUCCGUCGCUUCCCUCCGAGCAGCUUCCUCCUGAUUCAUCUCGAGUUGUUACACCUCCUGCUCAUCAGACUCCUGACAUACGAGCAUGGGCUGCUGCACUAGGUGAUAUGGAUGCUGCAGCCUCAUUCCUUUGGAAACCUGGGGCUCAAGGAAAAGACAAUUUGCGUCGUUGGAAAUCUUAUUGGCGCGAAAACAAUGCCCAUGGUUUUCCACCUUCAGUGUCGGCAAAUCCAGAUCUCUUUCAUGAUAACGAAACCGGUGCUUAUCGGCCUGCGACUGAGAAACUCACUGUAUCCCCAAGGGACCUGCACCUAGAUUACAAUGAGGCUAAUACACCGCCUGCUAAGCAUAAUAAUGUUAAUCUGUUUGGAGAUAUGGUCCCUCUGUUCUCCUCGCAGCCCUCUCUCGACUUAGCAGCCUCUCAGGCUACGCCAUUAUCUUUGUCUAGUGGUAUGGAAACCGGCUCUAGUACGGAGGAAGAGGAUGACGAGGAUGAAAAGCCGUUUCAUGCUAAUGCAGUGAUACAGGAUGCGCCAAUGGGUAUCACGAAGCCCAACGAGCAACUGCUGGAGCAAUGGAGCAGGCCCAUGUAUGGGACCCCGCCUCAGAACAUCCCGGAAAGCCGGGAAUUGCCUUCAGAGGGCAACUGGCCCAUGUUAGGCCCUACAUUCUCUUCUGUAUCCACCUCAAGUGAUUCCGAAGAUGAUCUCCCUAAUCAUACUGGUGCUCGAAUGCAUAAAACUCGCAACGGUACUGAGCCGCUUGGCCGCACCAAUUCAGGUGCUAUGACUGGUUAUGGCUAUAUUCCCAGCAGUCAAGACAGCACUUUUGGUACGGGCACAGAUAUGGAGUCAGUCUCAGGUUCGCAAAUGUCAAUAAGUGCCACCGAAAGUGAACCAACGCAUGAUGAUGACAAUGGGCGAAGCCCUUCAAUUUUGAACAGUGCGCAGGCAAUCACACCCGCUACUGACCAAGAGCAAGAUGCCUCACACCCUAUGUCCAUCAAGGAUUCUUCCACAGCAAACACACCAUAUGUCGCCCGCACCGCACCGAACUACUGCCCGACGUGGGCGUCCUCCACGUACGGUGUCAAGUGCACGCGGAUCAAGUGCGACAAACCCACUGCAUCGUACUGCUGGACAUCCAUUCGGUACCUCACCCACGUCAAAUCAUAA